GUGAAAACAGAUACAUAUAAAGGAGGGAUGACAGGGGAAAAAAACUUACGACCCUUCACAGAUAGCAAAGCUCGCCAGUCAAUCAAGAUGAAGUUGUUGCUUUUACUUGUGGUACUGGGAACAGUAUCUGCAGAGGUUCAAGAUCUUUCAGGAAAAAUGUUCACCUUCCCCCAGCCAACAAACACAGCUCAUGUGAGGCUGAACCCAACAAAACAGGGUUACAGCGCUAUAACCGUCUGUCACAGAUCAGUUACAGACCUCAAGAGAGACCACGCCCUCUUUUCUUUAUCUACACCCACUUACGACAACGGCUUCCUGACUUUCUGGCAGAACCAAAACCAAGAAAUACAAUCCUAUGUCGGAACUGGAAGUGUUGCAUAUGGAGGAUGGGACUAUAAGCCAAACACAUGGCACUCCAUCUGCACCACAUGGGACUCUGUGACUGGACUGGUACAGAUAUGGUUUGAUGGGAAACCUUCAAUAAGAAAAUUUGUUCACUCUGGAGCCAUCACUCAGACAGUCAUAGUUCUUUUAGGACAGGAUCAAGACAGCCAUGGUGGGAGGUUUGACAUUAACCAGAGCUUUGUUGGCAUGAUGUCUGAUGUCCACAUGUGGGACUACAUCCUAUCUCCAUGUGAGAUCCAGAACUACAUGAACAAAGGGAGCUUCCCUCCAGGAAAUGUGCUGAACUGGAAGGCACUUGACUUUCAAAUUAUUGGCAAUGUGCUGAUUGAAAAUCAAGCAGAUUGUCAACCUCAAUGUAUGUUUAUUGGGUAAAACAAAAGAUACCAACAAAUGUUCCAAUUGUUGUUGAUUGACAUGAUUGUCUGAAUUUAUUGAAUAAUCACAUUUACAGCAGUCUCCCUUUUAAUGGUAUUUUAUAUAAUAAAAGUACUUCUUCAAGUAAA